GAGCACGUUAAAUCGUGCUUGUCAUCGCGCUACAACAACAUCGAGCAGACGCCAGACCUGUCAAGCUCCCUCAAAGCAUGAGAGUCGUUGCAAAUAUUAUUGCCCCACGACUGUAUAGGAUCUCGAAUGUAUCUCGGGAUUGUUCUCGAUGAGCAAUGCCGAACCCUACCUUCGUUUCGCGGAUCAAUCAGAUCGACGCGGUGCAGCUCGACCACGAGAUCUACAAAGUCCUGCGCAGCCAGCUCGACGAGAUAACCAAGUACUUCGCGCCCGGCAAGAUCGUCGAGUGGAAGCCGGAGAUCGACGCGCUCGUCAAGUGCCUCAUCUGGAAUUACUCCCUCAAUGCCAACAGCACGACCUUUGGGCAGCAGCUGCUCAGCCUGUCGUACGACGAGCUCGGCCGAAAGAGCAGCAUUCUCUGGCUCUUGGCCCUGGUUCUGCCGACUUACUUGAGGCAGCGUCUCGUCGAUGAAAAUUUCAUUUCGUCAAGACUGCCGCCUGCCUAUCGAACGAGCGCGAUAAAAGAUUACGCCGAGAGAAUCGAUAAUUUCUUGCACUUGUUGAAGUUUUUGUGGAUGUUACGCUUUUUGGGCUCGGGUAAUCAACCUAGAAUAAUUGAGACGUUUUUAGGUAUAUACAAUCGGUCAUCGAACAGGAAUAAACCUCGUUCUAUAGGAUACUCUUACAUGACCAGAGAAUUACUUUGGCACGGACUCAUUGAACUUUUCACCAUUAGCAUACCAAUGAUCGAUUUCAGAAGAAUCCAAAAGUAUUGGAGAAAUAUAUGGUCGAGUAAAAGAAAGGAAAAGAGCAUCGUGCUCUCUUGUAAAUUAAGUGAAAAUUCAGUUUGUGCUUAUUGCGAUCAAGUGCCAAUAUUUCCAAAGUGGGCUGGGUGCGCCCAUGUUUUUUGUUAUUACUGCUUAGAAGGACUGUUCAUCGCGUCGGAUCCUUACAAGUGUCCUAUUUGUGAAGAAACUUUGUAUCAUUCCGAAAUGAAAACUCACUUGAAUAUUUAA